AUGACAUCGUGCCUGCUUAUCCCUAGCCCUGUCACUCUGACUCCUCUGCCCGCUCACCUGAAUGAAGGACAGGUUCCCAAAAUCAUCAAGCAAGUUGUUUAUUUAAGAUCAUCUUCCCCGACUCUGCGAAGUAGGGAGGGUUCUGUCAGCUCCAAAUGGCCAGGCACCUUCAAGGUUUGCGUCCAGAAGGUUCUAGCAAACUUUCUAUUGGCUGAUAGUAGUUUGUAUUAUUUAAUGGGUACACAUUACACCACCUCACUGACAGCAUUUGUGUUUGACGGAGAAAGAAUCGCACCUGCAGAGUACGGUCGACACCUCAAAGGCGCGCUGGUGCAGGUCUACUUCACCUUAAGCCACAAGCUGGUGCAAAUCAAUGGCACAUGGGACCAGGGCAUGUACAAUAAUUGGACUGAGGCUGAGAGAAAAGAGGAAAUAAUUCGAGGUAAAUUGGACGUAGAUAGAUCACAGACGGAUGGAGACAGAAAUGGGGAAGCGGGUGUAAUUGCAACGAGUUUAAUGACUUAA